CGUAUUGGCAGUUCAUUGGACGUCUGCUACUGCCUUUUGCGAUUUUGAAGACCCUUUGGUGGUCCAGGAGCAAAGUAACUUCAGCGGUAUAUGAUCUUCCCUUCGCGAUUCUCACACGGACCAAGUCAUGUUUAGAUAUGGAUAAUACUUUCAGCGGCGGCGGAGUACGUCUGAGUUUUCUCCCAGGAAGAAACCAGUGCGAGAAUGACGCCGUUAUGCACAGCGGGUUAUCAAGCAACGGCGCAAGUUCGGAUGUUGUGAGGGCGCCCCCCAGCGAUGAUGCGCCCAUUGUUCUUGUUCCGGGCAUAUUUGGAUUUGGUGCUGAGAAAAUGGGAAAGAUUUCCUAUUGGGGUGGAGCAGAGAACCGAGCUGAUCGUGUGUUUCUUCCAGAGCUGGGGCCGUUGUCGAGCAUGCAUGACAGGGCUUGCGAGUUGUUCUACCAACUGAAGGGAGGGAGAGUCAAUUUUGGAAAAGAGCACAGCCAGCGCUAUGGGCACUGCCAGUUUGGGCACACCUACUCAGGGCUUUAUCCUGAAUGGGACAAAGAUCAUCCGGUGCACUUUGUAGGUCAUUCGUCCGGCGUACAGGCCGUGCGUCUUCUGCAUACAAUGCUAGAUGAGAAGUUCUUUCCUGAAUAUCCGGACACAAACGCAGAGUGGAUUAGUAGUGUGACAUCGCUUUCUGGAGCUCUUAAUGGGACGACACGUGUUUACCUCGACGGCAUCAGCUAUGCGACCAGGAAGACAAGACGCGUGCUUGGUCGGGCUCUGCCAUCCAGUUUACGGAUUCAUCCUUUGCUCUUUUUGAGGACAAUACAGAUUGGCUGCUGGAAACAUCCGUCGACACAUCCAAAGCCUCAUGAAAGCUACAGGGAUGAGGAUUGGCAGGAGAACGACGGCGCGCUCAACACAAUCUCCAUGCUCUAUCCGAAACUGCCGGAAGAGCACCCUCAUUACCCGCUGAACCAGGUGGACCUGUCAGAGAGUGGAGCGCAUGAGCGAGAAUUGCGCCUUAAGCCCGGCAUCUGGUAUUAUACAAUGCUGAAUGUGGACCACAUCCAUUUUAUCAUAAAUCGCCGAAGGGCCGGCGUAAAGCAUGAUAUGCUCUACGACUCUAUCUUUCGCCGUUGUCGCAAGCAAUUUCUGAGGGCAGCAAUUGGCUCUCUUGAGUCGUCUUCGUGCGUGUGCAUGGAUGAAUCUGAGUCGGAGUGCCUUGUUCCUUGAGAGCGCAAUGGUGGGUUACCUGUCAAAGGACAGCAGCGGCCUUUCUUGAAAGACUAUGUUUUUUUUUUUAAGAUGUUUUUUUUUUUUUAAGGAGGGGAGAGAGAGGAGAGAGAGGAGGAGGUGAAGAGGAGAGGGUGGGGAGUGGGGCACGGGGAUGGGUGUGCGCUGCUGUUGAAUCGGGUGGGGUCUUCUUGAUGCGUGUGUGGAUGAAUUUUCUCCAAGUUUCACUUUCAGGUUCGUUAACUCCUGUCGAAAGGGGUUGGUUUGUCGUUUUCCCUUUUCCUGUUUUUGUGGAGACAAAAAAAAGAGGCAGAGAGAGGCUUGUGUUCGAGGAGCACAGAUGGGGAAGUGAAGGGGGCAGAGAGGUAAGAUAGGCUAUUUUUGUGGAGAAAUCUGCUAUUGCGUGCGAGGGGAAGGGGCCAGAGAGGAGGGAUAGGAAGCUAUUUGGGAGAAAUCUCCUACUGCGUGCGAGGUGAAGAGGGGCAGAGAUGAGGGAUAGGCACAGAGAUGGGGUAGAGGGAGUCUCAUGUGCAGAAAUAUGCUAUUGGAGUUUGUAUUGGUGGCGAAGCAGAUGCAGAGGAGAAUGCAGAGGAGAAGUUGGAAGGAAGAAAGAACGUCUAAAUGGGCAUAGAGAUCGGAAAGCGAUAUAAACUGACUGUAUCAUCCAGUUUUCAGUUAAUUGUUCGAAAGGUCGAAUGGUGGACACCCGCCGCACUAUAUCAUUAUUGGGAAAGAGAGUUUCAAAACCAUUAGGAAAAGAAACGUUGACGGUGACAGUACACGGAGAUUACAUGGUAUCGUGUGGAGUAGGGAGAAAAAAGGGGUGGUUCAGGGGGGGGACUUAGCAAGGGGGGAAGAGAGUGUGGUUGGCGGGGGGGGGGGGAGAGAGAGCAGGUGGCGGGUUGAGGGGGGUAUAUGAUGGACGAUCUCCCAGUUCGGUGUGGAACUGUUAGUGAGCGAGAAGUGUGUAAUCUCUGCCACGGGCCCACGACAGCUUUUUGUGGCGAGAGGAGGCAGGACCAUUUCAUGGGGAGUUUAUCAGGCAUGGCCUACCGGUCGCGUUUUAUGGAAGAUGGCUGUUUUCCAUGUUAAGACGACUGUUUCGCAUCGCAUGUGCUAUGUCCGCCGGUCGUGCGUUUUAUGGACAUGGCCGUGACGGAAAAGAUGGAUGAUUUUGAGAAACAUAAUUUGCCGACAUUGUAAUUUGCCGUACUUGUGUAUAUAUAUAGAUAUAGAUAUAUACAUAUAUAGACUAUAUAGUAUAUAUAGUAUACAGGGACGGAAAGAGUUCAUUGAUGAUUGGGAGUUCUGCGACAGCUACGGCCGCUGAAGAAGUGAAAAAGGGGUAUCCUUUUCAUUCCAUGGUGUGUUGGGGGCCUGUAUGGGCACAUCUCGGUCGUUGUCAUUUGAUGAGCGAAGUGGAGGACGCAUGGAGUAUAGAAGAGGACUUCUGUAGUCAGCUAAGAUUCUCAGAUGAAAUGCCGGUAGUAUUUUUCGGCCAGAAACGGCGAGAGACGGCGAGUGAUGGCGACAAACGGCGAGAAAUGGAAAUUUGCAGCAGCUAUCAGUAGUACUGUUCAGCCCAUAAUUCAUGAACACGUCAGCUGGAUUUUUUUUUUACUGUUGCAUCUUGAGCAGAGGAGUGGGUUUUGUGACUUGGCAGCCUGUGGCAUUGUGCAUGCUGCGGAGAUCGAGGGGUAGGGAACGUGGGGAGAGAGAGAAUGGGGUGCACGGUUCCAUGUUUGUGAGCUUAGGACAGGAGAGGUCGGGAGGGAGAGGAGGAUGGGAUAGAAGAAGACAAUUUCUUUUUUUUUUUCUUUGGUCCCAGCGGUGCCGUGAAUGCAACGUCG